AUGGGCAGGAGCAGGAAGGAGAAGCGCGUCCUCAAGGUGAUCAAGGAAGGAGCCAGCAAGUCGGCCAAGGGCCUCUCUGGCAAGUACGUCCCAAAGCGUAGUGAACGAGGCGAAGGCCUCAAGUUCCCACUGGAAAUCUAUCAGCAGAUCGGCAGCUGCAAGCCGGGUACACUGAUCAAGUACGCUCCCAAUCCGAAGACGAAGGGAUCCAAGAGCUUCUCUCGAUAUGCUAAAUACGAGAAGUCCAAGACCAUCGGCGAGAGCAUCAAGAACGGAACCAAAGUUGCCGAUCUGCUGUGGGAGCUCCAACGUGGCUACCUCAAGAUCCUCGGAAGCGAGCGCUCAGAGAAAGCAGAGGUGGCAGCCAUCGGACAAAAGGCCUUCGACGAGGCCAUCUACAAGCUCAGCUCCUUCAAUGGUCCCAGGGGUAUUGCUUUUGACAUUCGCGACGAGCGUGCCGCCGCCCAGCAUCGGCUGGAUGAGGAGUGGCGAACGAAGAAGCUCCAGAAAUGCGAGCGGGUGGCCAGAGAGCUGAAGCUGCAACCCGAGUCCACGGAGCAGAUCGAAGCGAUGCACAUCCCGGAGGACCGAGACCUCCGCUUCGAGAGGCGAGUUUGCGAUGCCUGGUGCCAGAGACAAAUCCAGAAAGCGGAGAAGGAAAAGCGGAAGGUGACUCAAAAGGAUGUCGAAGAAGCGCUGAGCUUGUGGGGCUUCGGCCAGAAUGCAGGCCGCCUCAACGUUCUGCAGAAGGGCCAGAAGUACGCCUACUCCGACACGUUAGGCUGCAUUAGGAGGCUGAGCCGUGGCAUCGGCGUCACCGAAGUGACGAAGCGGUAUCCGAACUUUGGCCGUCUCCUGUGCAGAUGGCUCAAAGAUAACCUGCCCAACGAGGUGAAGGGGAAGUUUGUCUGCUCGGCCAUCAAUCUGAACGCCAACUACGGUGCGGUGCUCCACCGUGACGGGAACAACGAGGGCCCAUCCAUCAUCCGGGCCUUUGGCAACUUCAAAGGUGGAGCUCUUCGGUACUGGCCAAAGGAUCGCAAGCCAGCGAAAGCGAAAGCAGCGGUGAGGCCCAAGCUCGAAACGCUGCACCGGAAGGACUCGAAGACCUUCGAUAUCUACCGCCGCACGCUGGUCUUCGACGGAACGCGAGGACACUCGGUGGAGCCCUUCCAAGGUGUCCGUUAUUCCGUCGUCUUCUUCACCUGCAUGGGAUAUGGCAAAUGCAGCAAGACCGACACUGCCGCCCUGAAGAAGUGGGGCUUCCCUUGGCCAAGUCCGCCGAAGAUGAAGGAGCUGAAGAAGCUCGCCUUCUCUGGUGAAUUGGAGUGCAAGAGCAUACGAGAUCAGAUGUUGAAGCCGUCCGAAAUGCCGGACGAGCGGAGCCCCUUGAAGGGCCGUGGCAGACAGUUGGCACGUGCGGGCGCGGAGCCUGAACCCCCUGCACCAACACCGCCAGUGGAUGAAAACGUCACCCAGGCAGAGAAAGAUGCGCACAUCAGGCCGCGGACGUGCACUGAUGUGCUCUGCGUCGCCCUGUGGGUUGCAAGCCUGUAUGGUCUUUACUUGACCAUCAUUUAUGCCUGGGAGAAUGGGGACACAAGGCGCCUCUACCAUGGCCUGAACUGGGAAAAUCAGCUCUGCGGCAUCGACGCCGAAGUUAGCGCGAAGCCGUAUCUGUACUGGUGCACGAAGCCCAGCGACAAUGCGCUAAGCCAGGGUGAUCUGUCGGCAGCCAACCUGCCCAGCUCUAUAAGGGAUGCGGCUGGUGAUCUUAUACCCUUGGCCAAUGCAAUUCUGAGCCCUAGUGAGACGAUGGAUUUGUUGCAUCCGAUUUGUCUCGCAUCUUGCCCGCAGGACCGCAGCACAUUCCAUCCUUGUCUGCAGAACGUGGACACGCAGCAGCAGGUCCCGAGGAACUUCGACGGUAGCUUUUGGGUGAACAACACCUACAUCUCCCAUCUUGUUCAGGACAUAGAGACAACGCUCUUUGCAAAGCGCUUCUGCUUGCCGAAGGAGAACUUUCUGGUCGAGCAGCUCAACGAGACGCUGAGUGGCUCGAUGAAUGCAGUGAUGUACAAGACGCAGGAAAUCGUGAGUGCUCGCCGCGUCUACAUCCUGGCAGGAGGAUUGGCUAUCCUGAUGUGCUACUUAUACCUCUUUGCCAUUGAUCUCCUUGCAGCGCCCAUCAUCUACGGCAUGCUGCUCAUCGCCACAGCUGGGUCUUUCUUGACUUCGCUGUACUUCUUUUACGCAGCCUUGCGCAUCGAAAUAGGACAGGCCCUGUCAGUGAGCGAGGAGGCUCUGCCUAUGGUAGAAAGCACGAAUGAUCGUAACUGGGACCUGAUCGUUGGCGCAGUACUUCUUCUUAUCGGCAUCGCGGCAACUUGCUUCUGGUGCUGCAAAAAGAACUCCAUCACCUUCGUGAUUGCUGCAGUCAAAGCGACUAUUCGGAUACUUUAUGACGUUCCUCAGCUUAUCCUGCUGCCUGCGGCCGGUGCUGUCGUUCGUGGUGUUAUCUUCAUCAUCUUCUUGUGGGGUGCUGCUCUGCUGGUCUCUGCUGGAGAAGUUGAACAAGUGGAUCUCACUCAGUAUGUGCCCAAAGGCAUCGCCCGAACAUUCUCUCACUCUCAAGAUGAGUCGCUUUACAUUGCCUACUACUGCUUUUCUGUUUUCUGGAUGUGGGAGCUGCUGCUUGCCUUGGAGACCUUUGUAGCUUCCUAUACAGUGGUCAUCUGGUACAACGCCCCAUUGGCAAAUGGAAAGAAGCGGGUGCCCUGCUUCCCCGUUGUGCGAGCCUUCUUUGUGGGGCUGACAUACCAUCUCGGGAGUUUGCUUUUCGGAGCUAUCAUCCUGGCAAUCUUUCGCGGUGCUCGCUUGAUCGUGUCCUUGCUCGAAUCGCAGGUCCGUGGCAAGGGUGACGAUGAGAACGAUGCUGCGCGGACAACUGCCGCCUGCUGCUGCUGUUGUUUGUCGUGCGUGGAUCAGAUCCUGCGAUACCUCAACAAAGGAGCCUAUGUACUGAUUGCCGUGAACUCCGACAACUACUGUUCGGCUGCAGACAGGGCCUUGCGUCUCAUGGCCUCCAACAUCUUUGAGCUCGGCUUGCUGCAGGGCGCCACAAGCUUGUUCCAGGUGCUUGGGAAUGUGGCGAUUCCUGGACUCGGGGGAUACCUCACGUACUUAAUCGUUCGGCAUUUGGAGUGGUUCAAUGAUCCUGCUUCAGAUCACUUCGUGGCGCAGCCGGACCUGGUGGCAGUCGUGGGUGCCCUCAUCUGCUUGGCAGUCUCGCUGGCAUUCAUGUCCGUCUUUGACACUGUUUCUGAUGCCAUGAUCUAUGCAUACAUCACAGAUGAGGUUGACGAUCUGUUCGACUUCACACAGGAAUUCAUCGAGCGGGGCUACCAUGCAGAGUACGCCAACUGGAGAGACUCAUACCUGAAAUGGCGACAGGGCGAUGCCAAGGGAGCCAAGGGCGAAAACGCCCAUACCACGCACCUGCGAAACAGGAAGCAGCGCACCUUCGAAUACUGGUACCCGACAGUCUCCAACUUCAACUUCAGACGCACCUGUGCCUAUUGGAUUGGCGUGCUUUUCGUGGAAGGAUGUCUCUUCUUCCUUUGGCCACCUCUCUUUGAUGCCUUCUGGCCCGGGGCGCCCGCGCGGAUGAAGUUCUGGAUAAGUAAGAUUCCACUACUGGUGGGAACUUCGACCUUCGGGUCCGGCAUCUACAUGGGCUACUUAGAGCUCAUUAACAUGGACGUCGAUGUCUCGGAGCGACGGGCUAAUCUGAUCUGGUGCGAUUGGCGGGCGCUCUACAACCUCCUGCUGGAGGCCAAGGAGGACAAUGGUGAAGGUGGAGGCGAGAUCGGUGACGAUGGCGAAAGCUCCGCUGGCAGCGAGGUCUUCUGGUAUCAGCCGCUUUCCUCCAUCCUCGGAUGGGUGAUCUACAUGAGUGGCGCCCUCCUGUUCCAGAUGGCAAACACCGCCGACCUCUUUGACAUGCCGCAGGAGAUGCAUGUCACCAUCGUGGAGUGGCCGCUGAUCUUCGGAGGCCUGUGCUUCUUCUUCGGCGGCAUUGCAGAGGUAGUCCACAACCGCUGCUGGGCAACUCCACCAGACACUUUUGUGUGGUGGUCUUCUGUGUUGAACUUCUUUGGUGGCAUCGCUUUCUGGCUGUGUGCCUGCCCGGAGAACCUGGGCGACCUCACCACUCCGAUUGGGGUAGGAGGUACAGUGCUGUACCUGAUUGGUGCCGUGCUGGGAUUAUGUAUGUGGCGUGGGGAGCAAUUCGGCUUGAGCCUGAUCUCAAACUUGAACAGAGUGCAGCGUGUGGACGGAACGAAGAUCGCGGUCCGGACACAUGCCGAAACGGGUGUCAGUGAGAUCAUGCCAAUCAACCCGCAGGCUCUUCAGCUGGAUGACACCCAAAAUGCUUUGCAGCCCAAAUUGUCCUGGCGCGGACUUGUCUUCGUGCUACUGUGUGUUCUGUGGGGCACAGCGUCGAUCCUGCACGUUUUUGCAGUUCCAGCUGCACCAUGGGAGUUUGAGUCCACAUCAAGGACCUAUCGAAGGCACUUGCUUUCGCAGGAAAUGACGAGCAUCGUCCAUGCCAUUGGCGCUCAUCUCAUCAUACUCCUGAACUCUGCAACCGUCACUGUGCCGGCGGAGGAGCCGUUUCGCUUCAUGACGCUUGCCUUACGGCUUCUUGUGGCUGUGAUGACCGCACAGUCAGUCUUAUCGAACUGGACGUUCCUGAUUGAUGAGCACGACUGA